AUGAAUGCUGAAAACACUAUAGUUUACGUCAAGAUAAGUGGUAGGACUAGGGAUGGAUUUGUUGACCCUCCAAAAUUCAAAUGGGACCUAGAAAAGGACAAAAAACUCUGGUCCAAGGUAUCGCGCUUUGGCAAUCAGAAGAAGACUAUCGAUUGGGUUCGGUUAAGUCGGGACUUUGAGACCCCUGAGUACUUUUUGCGUAAAAGAAGCUACAGGCUGUUUGCGAAGCAUCUGAAAAUGCUGGAACAAGAAAUAGAGACCAAAACUCGAGGUCUUACAGCUGGCAGUGAAAUUGAGGAUACAGAUAGUGCAAACAAUAACGAGGAGUUUGAAGAUAACGAUGGUGGCGAAGAUGAUGAAUUUCUGGCAUCGGAGGGUCUCAAAAAUCUACGGUCAUCUAAAAUCUUGAAUCAAAAAGUACCAGGAGACGCUAGAGCGGCCGAGUCCUCCUUGAGCGAGUUGUCGAACUUGAGUGUCAGUAAGUCGGCACUUGAAGAGGCCCUACUCGAUAGACUACAGUUAUGA